AGCACCAUCUCUCUCUCCCUUUCUUUAGCUUUACGCUUCUUAUCCAGCUAACCACCAGGUCCCAGCAAGUGUUGGUGACAUUAUAAGAUGGAGAAAGUGGACGGGAGCCGACGAAGAGCAGGCGUCAAAACAGGGGUAGUUGCGGGGUCGGUGUGGGAGAGCAGGAUGAGGAGCGACGACGUCAGGGGCGGUGUCAAGGUCUUCAAUGGCGACGACAAGACGGAGGAGCCCAUCGAAAACAACAACAACAAUGCCAGCAGAACCAAGCGGACUGGGCCUGUCGGUGGGAAGAGGAAGACGUGGAAACCCGAGGCCGGCGAUGGUCCGAGCCUUCCGAUAUCGAGCGCGAGGGGAAAAGCGGAAUUGAGCAAGAGCGGUGAUGAGAUGGUGAAGGAAGUGAGUGUUUCGGCUGAUGGGCCCAUCAAGAAGAGCCCGGCUGUGGCGAAGAGGGGCAAAAGGGAUGCUGCGUCCGGUGCUGAUCAAGCGAUUCAGAGAAGCCCAGUUCAGGUGAGAAGAUCAAGAUCCGGAGCUGUUAGGGGGUCGGUCGAGAAGAGUUCAGUUGAAUUGAGGAAAGUUAAAUCUGAUUGUGUGAAGAUUUUGGAUCAACCACAAAGGGAUGGCGAUGAUGGUAAAAAUGAAGAGAAUGCAGUUCGGUUGAGUACGGGGAACUCGGAGCCACCCAGUCUUCUUGAUGGAUCGUGCCAGGAGGAGUGCCAGGAGGAGGAGGAGGAGGAGGAGGAGGAGAAGGAAGCCGAGGAGAAGGAAGCCAUUGAUGGGUCUGCUGAUGGAUACGAGGAAGACCCAGUUGGCGAGAGCAAACCGGAUGAAAUCCGCAAGGAGGUCAUUUCGAGCAAUGUGAGUCUGGUCAAGCCUGCUCCGAAAGAAGAACCUCGUGAAGAUGAUAACAAUGGCAAUGAUACUGCAACCAACGAUUUGGUCGAAGAAGAAGAAGAGGAAUUCCCUGAAGAACCAGAGGAAGAUGAAGGAGAAGCAGAGUUCGACGAAGAUACAGAGACUGAGCCUGAGAACAAGACCUUGGAGAUCAAAGAAAUCGUAGUAACAGAGCAAAAGGCCAGCGAAGUUGUUGUGAAGGAGGAAGAGACGAAGCCUGACCAAGUCAUUGAAAAACCCAAAUCCAUUUCUAUUGUGAAGAAACAGCCUCCUCCUCCUCCUGCGGUGAAGCAAACGAGACUACUCAGAAACAUUGCGAAUCCAACUCUAAGCAAGACAUUCACCUCCUCCUCCUCCUCCACCAAUGUCCAUAAACAGCCUCCUCCCAUCACAAGACGUUCCUCACUUCACCGGAAUUUCGCCACCAAGACCAAUUCAUUUUCAGAUAAAUACCAGAGUUUUCCAGAGAGACAGAACAAGUUGCAGAGUUUAGUGGAUCUGGUUAUGUGGAGAGAUGUAUCAAAAUCAGCAUUCAUCUUCGGAUUGGGAACGUUUGUUACGAUCUCAUCCUCCUACACAAAGGACAUAAGUUUCAGCUUCAUCACUGUAGUUUCUUAUCUGGGUUUGUUCUAUCUUGCUGCGAUUUUCCUGUACAGAUCCAUUAUUUGCAGAGGCUAUGUAGAAACAGAUGGUAGCAGCUGUGUUUUGGGAGAGGCAGAGGCAAUCUGGUUAUUGAAAUUGGUGCUCCCUUACUUGAAUGAGUUCCUGUUGAAGCUCAAGGCUCUUUUUUCUGGAGAUCCAGGAACCACAAUGAAGUUGGCAGUGCUGCUCUUUGUUUUGGCCAGGUGUGGGAGCUCCAUCACGAUCUGGAAGAUGGCAAAAUUUGGCUUUUUUGGAGUAUUCACCGUACCAAAAGUCUGCUCUUCAUAUUCCAGCCAGAUCACUGCAUACGGUAAAUUUUGGAUACGACGUUUCCGAGAUGCUUGGAACUCAUGUUCUCACAAGAAAGCCGUGGCGGCAGGCAUCUUCACUCUCGUGUGGAACUUAUGUUCGGUUGUCGCAAGAAUUUGGGCAGUGUUCAUGCUGUAUGUGGCCUUCAGAUAUUAUCAACAGAAUCUAGUGAGAGAGGAUUGGGCCGAGGACAACGAAUGCGCAAACGACAAGUGUCGGGGACAAGUAGGUGGCCCCAACAACAGUUGUGGGCCCAAUAUAGUAGAAUCAUCAAAGGGAAAGAAAGCCUCCUGAGAUUUGCAUUAGCCUCUUGUAGGCCCAAUUGCAAAGCCUUUAAUCUCAUGUGUGUAUCCAUGUGAUGUGUUCAAGCUCAGCUUUUAUAAAAUAAAGUCAAAAGAAG